AUGGAUAUGAAUCUAGAUGAUAUUAUAGAAUCCUUUAAAUCUAGAGUGAAUAGACUAUCCCAAGAUUGGGAUACGCUAAUAUCGACAACUUUGAGUACACCAGAAGAGCAGUUGAAGCUUUUGAAAGCUAAAUUGGAUCUUGUGCAAGAGCAGAACUCCGCAAUAAUAGUUGAUCUCGAUCAAAUUAAGAAAGUUUUAAAUUUGGAUGAUGACGCGUCCAACAAUGUGUUUACAUUAUUAAAUACCGCUGGGGACGGUUUAAGCGAUGCUGCUACAAGUGCACUAGCAGCUAAUGAAAUGGUUGCGGCAGCUAUUAAUGAACACCAUGGGCAGGUCCAUCAUCAUCAUCACCAGCACCAUCAUCAUCAACAGCCCCCUAAUACUCCACAGAGUGAAACAUCGUCAAAUUCUAACCAUGCCACGGCUGGGUUAGAUAUUGCUACAUUAGCUUUUGAACAAGAUAUUCAUGCGCUAAAAAGACGAAGAACGUCCUCUGAUUGCAGCCCCGGAGUACCAAUUGCAAAAGUAGGAAUUGACGAGGAUGACGAAGAUGUCACAAUGCAGAAGGAUAGAAGUGGGACCUUGGGUCACCUACAGCGGCAACCAUACAGACAUAUUUCUACGCGCCGCGCUUUACCCGCAUCCCACUUACAAGAGAUUGAGGAUUACGAGUUGCAAAUGAUCGAUUCCCCGAAAGAUGUCAAUGAGUUGUACCGCGAGUUUGACACUAGUUUAAAGUUACAGAUAAUGGAAUUUGAAAAGAGGUACGGCAAGGGUCAACUUUCUAGAAUACCAAAAAUAAGAACCUAUCAAAGAAGGCGUGCUUUGGUAAGCGAAAUCGACAGAUAUGCAAGAUUCACGAAUAAAUCUACCGAGGAAGCAAUUCAAUUCUUCGAUGAUAUUAGGGUAGACAAAAAUAAAACCGUAGCCUGGUUGUAUAAUAAUUUGGGCAAAAUAUUGGCCGAGUAUAAUAUUGUGUGA